AUGAAAACUUUUGCAGUCUUCUUCAUCUUCAUUUUCCUCAGUGUCACGCUCCCAUACACAGCGCAACGUGAGAAUCUGAAGGUGAAGAUCAGUGCGAGAGGAGACACCAUCACGCUGAAGUUUUUCCAGCCUUAUGUGGACACUAAAUUGGAAGGUUACAUUCUGGGCUAUGGAAGCAGCAUGUUCUCCAGGCAGUUCAUCCAGCUGCCUGAAGGGGGCGAGCCCUACGAGACUGAGAUUGACGCUGAGCCAAAAUAUCUGAUUGCUGUUCAGCCAGCCAAAUCAAAUGAGGUGAAGAAAAAGUGCACAGGCAAGGUUGACCUUGCGAAGCCGUUGAAUUUGGUGAUUGGUUCUGUGACAAACAGCUCUGUGAUGCUAUCAUGGGGAACAAUUCUGAAGACCCCUUACACAGAGACCUACGUAGAGGACUGUCUCGAGGAGGAUGGUCAAUAUACAGUGCGUUACAGAGAGGAUGAGAAAGAGAAGGAGAGAGAAAAAGAGAAAAGCCCCAAAUGGAAUUAUCAGAGUUGUCCCACCACACACACAGUCAUUGAUAAUCUUAAACCAGACACAGACUAUGAGUUUGGUGUCCGAGCCGAUACACGUGAUGCUAGUGGGGAAUGGAGCCCACCAGUCACCCACAACACCGCAGGACCAGGCGUCGACGUCAGGGCUCUCUCCUCUGUGGAGGCUCCGCCCACAUCUGCCCAGCCUCUCCCCUAUAAUCUUCCCUCCACAACACUCCCUCAACCCAAAAUUCAAAAUCAACCCAGCACAUCUCAGUACCAACCCACAACUCAACACCAAAUAAUCACAUCUCGCCAACAACCAAAAAUUCAACACUGGCCUAGUACAUCUCACCUUCACACAAGCGAACAACAGCCCACCACUCAACACCAACUCACAGCUCAAUACCGCUCAACUACUCAACCCCAGACUACCACUCAGAACCAAACUAAUGCUAUCAAAACUACAUCUGGCCUCCAAAAACACACCAACAAACCCCCUCUCAGCUCAAACAAACCCAAAGUGUACACUUCUAAAGGACUGCUGAGCAGGAAGACAUCCACUCACCAACAAAACACCUCAAAACACCAUCUCAUAGCCACCCAAAAUCAAUACAGCACUAUCCCACCUCAGAAGCAGCCCAGAACUAUCAAAAACCAACCCCCUAAAGAAAACCACACGCACAGCUACACUAAAUUACAAACUAUCACCAUCCCAUGGUCACCAAGUUCUACCACAUUUAACUCCCCUGGAGAACCACAACCUACUCUUCCCUUACCCCCCGCAGAGAAACACUCACCCAGCCCCAUUCGUAAACAACCACUCAAUGCUAUCCAAACAUCACACAGCACAGCGCCACCUAUCACCACCCUGUACCAACCUGGGGCAGCCAAGCACCCAGUUACUGACAUCCAGGAACCAGUCAGUCAAUCGGGUCGAGUUAUCUGGAACAACUCCUCCAUCUCCAUGCCCUUCUCCCAAGUUACAACAGCAGUACAGAAAGUAGGGCCACGUCACCAACCCGCUCCUCUCUCUGCUGUCAAUCAAAUCAAGCCACACCCUUUUCGCAAAAACACCUUCCAAGGAAAAACAAGGGGAGGUAAUGGGGAACGACACAAGGGGCUGCUGCAGUCUAAAAAAGUCCAAGGCUCUGGUUCAGCGCCACCUUCUGUGAAAAAGUCCAACCUGGUGGGGAAAUUCAAGGAAAAAGAGAAGGUAAUUGAUCUGAAGAAGGAAGACCCAAUACCUGUCCCGAAACUCUACACCUCUACGACUACAAAGACACCCGCCAAUAAAGAUGUGCCAAGGACAACCACACUCUUCCAUCUCUUCAAUGAUAGUAACUUUGACACAGGUGAUAACUCAUCAGUGUUCAGCCAUGUCCCUUCCUCUAAGGUAGAUAACAAGGGGAAGGAACGUUUCACUGCCCCUCAUGUGAUCUACAAGACAGACAAGCAUCCAGAUGAGCCCUGUUCCAUCACUCACUCCCUCAGUUUCUUCCCUGAGGAGGAGGUCAGUGACAUAAAUGUCACAGCUCCGCCCAGAAACCCACCUUCCAACCUCACCGUGGUAACUGUGGAGGGCUGUCCCUCCUUCAUCAUACUGGACUGGGAGAAAGCAGAUAAUGAAACAACAGAAUAUGAGGUCACUACCUCCACUAAAGGACCGCACGGUGACGAGGUGUCAGUUCUGACAACCAACCAGACACACACAGCUGUGGAAAAUCUAAAACCAGAGAGCAGUUAUGAGUUCAAGGUGACCCCGAAGAACGAACUGGGUUCAGGCCCCACUAGCCAACCUGUCACGUUCAGUACAGAAUCAGCGGACCCACGAGUGAGUGACCACCGAACAAGUAAGAAUGCCAUCUGGUCAUCAUACUCAUUCAAAACUGAGUCAUACUCAGAGUGCAGUGGGAGACAGUAUGUGAAGAGGACUUGGUACCGCAAGUUUGUGGGCAUACAGCUGUGCAACUCUCUGAGAUACAAAAUCUACCUGAGCGACUCACUCAACGGUAAGUUCUAUGACAUAGGAGACCUAGCUGGCAACGGGGAGGACCACUGUCAGUUUGUUGACUCGUUUCUGGAUGGAAGGACAGGAAGUCAACUACCACAAGACCAGUUACCCCGCAAAAAAGGGUAUUACCGAGCUAUGCGUCAGGAACCUGUGAGCUUUGGUGAUAUAGGAGGUGGCACUCAUAUCAACUACGCCUCCUGGUACGAGUGUGGAACCUCCAUCCCAGGGAAGUGGUAA